AUCAGUCUUCGCAUGGGCCUCUAUCUCUGUCUCUCCCUCUCGAAACAAACUGACGAAUAGUUUUCCUAUCAAUCUCUGUCUCUCCCCCUCUCCCUCUCCCUCUCCCUCUCAAAACACAAGUGCUGUGUGUUCUUCUCCAGCGCCCCUUCAGUGUAUUCUUCUCCAGCGCCGUCCCUGUUUUCCUCCUUCAGUGUCGCCACAGAUGUCGUAUCUCCUUUACUACUGCUGUGUGUUCUCUUCCAUCAGUUAACCAAAUGGCCAAAGGGGAGAAACAAUGGAUCAAACCAGGUUUUCUAGCGAAACAGAAGCGAACAGAGUACGAAAUGGAAAGAUAUAAGACAAUCAAGAAGAAUAAUAAGAAAAUGGAUGCUUUACAAUUGAAGCGUAUAGCAACUUCUUUGAUGGGUUCUACUCAGCCCAAUCGUGUUCAUCAAAAGGGAAAGAAAAUUAGGGUAGAUGAUGAUGACUACAUACCGUCAGAUCAUGAGGAUGACACUGAUGCUGAGUCCUUUGAAAGUGUUGACGAUGAGGGCUUACCAAUGCCACCAAAACGAUUGGCGCAGUCAUCUCUUCAACCUUCGCACGAGGCAAUUGUUGUUCCAAAUGGGGAUUUACAUGACAAUGUAGAUACCCAACACUCACAGCCACUUGAUGUCGAUAUGGAGGCACCGAGGGAGGCAGCCCCCCAAUCUAGUGUCG